UAUGGCGCUUUGAGAAUGCAUCUAUGCAUUGACGCCACGUCAGUUUUGUGCUUGUUGUUGGGUUGUCUUUGCAACUGACCCAUUAUGGGACACCGCCAAGUAAGCAGCCGGUGCAGUAAUAAGAAUAGGACGCCAGCUUGAAGUCAUGAUGUGGACCAUCCACAGUGUUGCCAGCUCACCGUGAUGAACUUUAUCAGGCACCACUGGACCAGCUAUACUUGAUGCAUUAAAAGAAGACACCAAGAUUCACAGGUUUGGGAUUUAACUGGGAAAGAAUGGAGUGUUCCUCUCUGCUCGUCAUUACUCUGGCAUUGUGUCACCCUUCACUGGGAAGCUUUUCAGAUUCACACGGCGAUUCACUUGGAAGGACUCAAAGCACAGAAGCCAUCAUCCAUCCUGUGAGUGAAGUCAGAGGGAACAGCAGCGUGCUGGGCAGUGGAAAUAGAGUGGAUAGCGCAAUUCUUCCUCUUACUGAGGAAACAAGAAAGCAAAAUGAGUCGGCAUCAACCAGUGCCUCGACCGUAACGCUUCCUCUUUCACUGACUGGAGUAGCCAAUACGAAUUAUUCGGUGACAAUGCUCAAUCAGUCGAGUGUAAAAUCGCCGGACUCUCUUUUGGAAGGCAGACGCGCAAGAGUUGAUCAUCGUCCUCAAACAGGUGCAGACCACUCUGUCGAAACCCGUGGGUUUUCCUCGGUGAGCAAUUUGUCAGGACCCGGACGACCCUGCAUUCCAAGUCCUUGUGUCGCUCUCGCCAAUUACAACGGCACCAACCUGCUGUGGGAAGACAUGAGGCGCACGCUGGCGUUCGCCUGGGAAAUCCACGUCUUCGGCUCGGCCGGCCUCUUCAUUCUGAUGGCGUCCGUGGCCGUUUUAGGAAUGGCCGGCGCCUCCACUCUCCCUUACCCCCACUGUGUUUCGCUAAUGCUGGCUAACAGCGCCCUGAUCGUGAGUGGCGCUCUGCGGGCCGUUCACCUGCUGCUGGAUCCUUACGGUACUCGUCAGAUCGUGUCUCACACUACGCUGGCAGCACUGCAGAACAUUCCCAUGCAGCUGUUGCUGUGGGCUCAGGUCACCCUCACACUUAUCACGCCCAGGAGGUUCAAAUUGUUGCUUUUCCCAGUCAUGUUACAGCAGCCUCAAGUUGUUGUGGGACUGCUUGUAUCACACUGCGCAGUUUUGUUGGGCGCAGAUUUAUAUUUCACCGCUUUCUUUCCACUCUUCCCUCUUUUGCUGCAGACUCUGUCGCUCUGUUGGGGUCUUCCGUUUUGCCUAGAAAUACUCGUGAAGUCCCUCUGCCAUUCAAAUACGUGCCUCAGGUCAUCGCUUCCUCUUGGGGUUCCUUUACAAAGGAUCGAGAGGUGUGCCAAGCGAGUAAUGGCCGUGUGUGCCUGCCUUGGCAUUAUGUGCUGCAACCUUCAGAUCUGUAGUCUUCUCUGGCUCUACGGCCUGAUGGGCAACUGGAGGCGUUUCGGUUGGUGCUGGUGGCUGAGCCAGUUUUGGGCCAGGAUCCUGGAGUUAGCCUGGGGUUCCUCGUUGCUCGUCUUGGGAUCCUGGAUCUUCUGGAUGCCCACCAGGAGGCGCAGCAGGCAUGAAGUGUCUAAAAGAGGGAGCAAGACGACGAGCUUGUGGGACAAGGUUUUGGCCAGUUUCCGAAAAAGGCAACUCAAAAGAACUGAGAAGAAAUGGAGAAGGCUGCUGCCAAACAACCUGGCAAAGCAGAACUUCUCGCCGGGAAAUUUCAGCAAUAGCAUGAUGUGUCCAUAUGAUGAUCAACCAUCUGUCAUCGUAUCAGAAUACAAGCGGGAACCUUCUGGCAAUAACAACUAUGACUCGCAGGCUACACUCUUGUGGCAAAGAGUUGGUGAGCGAGAAUGUAUUCUCUCGCUGAUAGAAUUUGACACGAGGUCCCCAUCUCCCAUUACCCUGAGAUGCGGUGCCGACAGCGCUCUUCAUCACGGGCAGCUUUUGGCCGGAAGCCUGUUCACACCUCCUCCUCCCUCUUGGACACAUUCUGAUGGAGAGAAUGGCAUGGCGACAUUCCCCCCAGCUUAUGUUGACAACGGCUGGAUGAUGGAUACAGAGUCCAUCCCUGCAUCUCUGGACCACUUCCAUGCCACAGAGCCAACAAAGUCAAACAGUGCUGCCACCGGUCACUGUUAUAAUGGGGAGUCACCAAAAGGACUUCAGGAAGACGAACUUUGUUCAAAGUUUUCAUCACCCUCGUAUCAGAAUGAUUGGUCUGAUGAAGAUGUCACAGACCUUUAA